AUGAAAUCGAGAGCCACCGCCGCCUUUGCUGAGCUCCAGAGGGCCGCCGACUUAUCCUCCGCUGCCUAUACUGGAUGCACAGGUUCGGCGUUUGAUGUGAAAAUCACGAAGGAGAUCAACGAUGCCACUACCGACACUCAGGGAUAUGUUGGGUACUCGAUAUCCAAGAAAAGGAUUUCCGUCGUCAUGAGAGGCUCAACAACCACUGUCGAUAUCGCCAAUGAUAUUGACACCACCCUGGUCGUCCCGUCCCUUUCAGGUGUCCAGUUUCCCUCUGGGGUCCAGAUAAUGAAGGGUAUUUUCAGUCCUUGGUCCUCGAUCCACAGUGAUGUGAUCUCCGAGGUCGCGUCUCUUAUCGAACAGUACCCAGACUACACUCUGGAGUCCGCCGGGCAUUCUCUUGGUGGCUCGCUGACCUAUCUUUCCUAUGUGGCGCUGGCCCAAAACUUCCCUGACAAGCAGAUAACCAGCAAUGCGAUGGCAGCAUUCCCUAUUGGGAACGCUGCAUGGGCCAAUUUCGGGAGCUCGCAGAAUGGAACAUUGAACCGUGGAAAUAAUGUGGCCGACGGUGUUCCUAACAUGUAUGUCAGCGUUCCAUAUAACUUCGUGCACUAUGGAACCGAAUACUACAGCUACGGCACUGCUGCUACUUGUCUCAAAUGCUCCGGAGAGCGGGACACGCAAUGUUCUGCGGGUAAUGGCAUGGUCGGCGUCACUGCUGGUCAUUUCUCCAGCUUCGGAGUUGUGAUGGGUGCUGCAGGAUGCGGGUCUCUUACUGUGUAG